AUGUUUCGCAGUCGGAGCUGGUUCGGUGGCGGACUUUGGAAGCCCAAAAAUCCACAUUCUCCAGAGCACCUGAAGUAUCUAUACAAUGUCUUGUCAAAGAAUCAGACUGUGUCAGAGAACAACAGAGGUUUACUGGUCGAAACUCUGCGUUCGAUAGCUGAGAUUCUGAUAUGGGGCGAUCAAAAUGAUAGUAGUGUAUUUGACUUUUUUCUGGAGAAGAACAUGCUUUCGUUUUUCCUACGUAUCAUGAAGCAAAAAUGUGGAAGUUAUGUGUGUGUUCAGUUGCUUCAAACGUUAAAUAUUUUAUUUGAAAAUAUACGCAAUGAAACAUCCUUAUAUUAUUUGUUAAGUAACAAUCAUGUAAAUAGUAUAAUUGUGCACAAAUUUGACUUUAGCGAUGAAGAAGUAAUGGCAUAUUAUAUCAGUUUUCUGAAAACAUUGAGUUUGAAAUUAAACGCACAUACUAUCCAUUUCUUCUAUAAUGAGGUAAACGAGCAUACCAAUGAUUUUCCACUGUACACAGAAGCGAUCAAAUUUUUCAAUCAUUCAGAAGGUAUGGUGCGCAUAGCUGUGAGAACUCUGACGUUAAAUGUAUAUCGCGUAGAGGAUGCAUCCAUGCUAGCUUUUAUAAGGGAUCGUACGGCUGCGCCAUAUUUUAGUAAUCUUGUUUGGUUUAUCGGUGACCAUAUUAUAGAAUUGGACACUUGUGUUCGGAAUGAUGCCGAUCAUCAAAGUCAAAAUAGAUUGUCGGAUUUAGUGGCGGAACAUUUGGAUCAUCUACAUUAUUUAAAUGAUAUUUUAUGUUUGAAUAUACCGGACUUGAAUAAGGUUUUAUCGGAACAUUUAUUACAUAAAUUGUUAAUCCCAUUGUAUGUCUAUUCUCUAAUGAAAUACAAAAAUACUUUGUGCCAAACUCAGGAUGAGAAAAAACACGUCAGUGUGGUGGUAGCACUUUUUCUACUUUCUCAAGUCUUUUUGAUAGUAUCGCACGGACCUCUUGUACAUACGUUAGCAACUAUAAUGCUCAUGUCCGAUUUAGAGACGAUCGAAAUUGGAACAAAUAGAGUUUUGGAAAAAUUCGGAGAUAUAAUAUCAAAUAAGUCUGAUGCUCUUUCAUCGCCGAGAGAAACGUCAAAAUCUUCAGAAGUUUUACACGAAGAGCGCUCAACAUCUGAAUCUUACAAUCAAGAAAGCAGUAUAGGAAGUAUAAAAGAGAUUAAAAGUGCAAUUGAUGAAGUAGAAGAAUUUAAUCGUCCGAGCACGUCUUUUGACGAUGCUUCAACCCCUGUAAAUACUCCUGUUCUUACGAGUACACCAGUAAAUACAAGCAUGGCAAGUGAAGAGGAUUUAGAGGAAAUUAAGCAUUUGAAUGUGACAGAUGAAGAGAAAGAACAACGCUUAGCAUUGGAAAGCCCUUUGAUGCCUCAUCAAAGUCAAAAUGAUAUAUUCGAUUCCUUAGCAAAGAAACCAUUUCUAGAAACAAUAACCAAUUCCUUAUUAUGCACAGAAAAUGAUUAUGCUGCAUUAUUCGCACUCUGCCUAUUAUAUGCAUUAGCUAAUAAUCAGGGUAUAAGUCGUAAAAUUCUAGACAUAAUUUUAUCUCCAUUCCAUAAUAAUACAUCAAUAAAAAAUUCUUAUAAUGAAUUACUCAUGGAUAGAUUGAUUCAUAUUAUAACUUUGAGUUGUCAAACAAAUUCCAAAGUGAGACUCAUUACACUGGAAUUAACUGUCAAGUUGUUAAUUCAAUUGACGGUAUCCGAAGGACAAUGCCUGUUGCGAGAAUCACAUCUAACAGUCAUUGAAGCAGCGAAAGAACAAAGUACAUCCCUACUAAAAAAUUUUUACAAGAGCGAAGAUAUUUUUUUGGACAUGUUUGAGGAUGAAUAUAGCGAAAUUCAGAAACGACCGUUAAAUGUCGAGUGGUUAAUGAUGGAUAGCAAUAUUUUAUUGCCUCCUACAGGCACACCUAUGACUGGAAUUGAAUUUAGUAAAAGACUGCCGUGUGGUGAGGUGGAAAGGGCACGUCGUGCAAUAAGAGUUUUCCUCUUGAUACGAGAGCUAUCUCUAACACUUAAUAUGGAAGUGGAAACUCAUUUACCACUGACUAAUCCAGCUAAUUGUGUACAAGUUAACAACGUUCUUGACCUAAAUAACAGUGACUUGAUUGCGUGCACAGUCCAAUGGAAAGACGGUCAGAAAAUUCGUCGUUUUUUAGUUAUUGACGUUGUACAAUUGAUUCUUGUGGAACCUGAUAUCAGUAAGCUUGGAUGGGGUGUUGCAAAGUUAGUUGGUUUUUUACAAGACAUUGAUGUGGCUGGCGACAAGGAUGAUUCAAGAUGCUUGUAUCUAACGAUUUAUAAACCAUUAAGCAACAGCACAGGCAAUCGUAUACCGUUGCUAUCUGCUAAAUUUAUUUUUGAUGAUCAUAUUCGAUGCAUGGCAGCCAAACAAAGAUUGACAAAAGGGCGAAUAAAAGCAAGACAAAAGAAGAUGAAUCAGAUCGCUAGAUUAUUGGACAUUCCAACAAGUAUGCCUCAUUGUUCGACACCACCCAAUUAUGCUUUGCGUGGUUUACGACAUGACCGUAUAGUUGGACGUGGUCAGAGAUUGCAAAGGGAUCAACAAGCGAGGCCGAUGUUUACGGUAAACAAAGUUCCUGGAUUCGCGGCUCAAAUGCGUAGAGAAAAUAUUAGGCCGAUAGCAUCAUCGAGUUCCAAACGCGAUGAUGCCAGUUCGAACGAGAGAGUUCAUGAAAAUGGUUUACGAUCUAGAGACGGUUCGCCGAAAAUGCCAAGACCGCGAAGCGAGGAAAUCCCUCUAGAGGACAUGUGUAUUCGGAAAGCUUCUCUCACGUCCAACGGACUGAACGUAACGCACAUAUGCCCAGAAAGGAGGGAUAGUCAAGGUGCUUGUUCGAAUAACAGCGAGUCUUCGUCUGUAAUUAGGAAUCAUUCUGAAGAAACUUCUUUCACAUCUCCACAAGGGCAAGAACCAAAGCCACGCAGAAAGGGUCAAGUGGAAACUGUGUGAUUAAAACAGUACAGUUAACUCAAACUAAAAUAAUUCGAACUAAACGUAUCUUUUAAAAACUUUAAAGGACGAAAUGAAAACGUGUAUAUGUCAUACUUUUAAGUUAACAAAAAGAGCCUGCUUGACUAAUUUAAUAAAAAAAUUUUUAGUAUAAAUAUUUUAUUUUAUAACUAGUAAAACUAAUUUUUAUGAUACUUUUAUCAAAUUUGUGAUGGCAAUAGUAAUUAAUCAAUUUUUUUCAAUGAAAGGUCUUGAUUAACACAGAACAAAUUAGGAGAUGGAAGCUAUUAAUAUAAUAUUUUUAAAUCAUUAUUUUACGUUUCUUUGAUCUUAAAAAUCACUGAGGCUUAUUUUAUCUAUACAGAUAUCUCAUUUUAAUUUUAAAUCUAUUCGCACUAUUCUAUUGAUAUAAAUAUCACUUUAAAGGAAUCACACUUCUCGUAAUUAUUUUAUAUGUUAUAUAUUUCUGUUUUGGGGUUAUAGUUUUUCUAUAAUUUAAAAAAUAAACAAAAUUACAUUUUUUAGAUAGCAUUAAUCAUUUAUAUUUAUAUCUAAAAUCAAUUGUUGAAAUAUUAAUCUAUUGUGAAUGACUGUAAAGCAUAAGAUUUAAGAAUUGAAUAUAAAAAUAUACACUAACUAAACUGUUAUGUCAAAAA